UAGCGCUGCAUAUCCUGAGCUAAGAUGAGGUUGAUAGUGUAUUGUUUUCGUGUUGUAAUAGACUAGCUCCACUUUUUCUGAUUUUCAUUUAAUACAAGUAUACUGCUAGUUUCUUUGUUUUGGUCUUAAUUAUUUAAAUGAUAUAAAUAGCUUAAAGCUGCAAUGGGUAGGACUUGGUAGCAUGCACACUACUUCUUGCUGUUUGAAGCAAAGAGAAAGAGAGAGAAGGGACAAGGAGGUUUUGGUUUUUGGCAUUGGUGCUUGUGCUUGAGAAACGGAAAAGAAAGCAAGAAAGAAAGAAGGGAACAGUGACAGCGCCAGUGUGAUGAGUGGUUUCACUGAAAGGUUGGUUUCUUUUCAAGGUAGAAAAGAAGAAAAAAAAAAAAAGCACAAGUGUAGUACUCAAACUCAAAACCAAUAAUACAAAGCACUCACUCAUGCUUAGGUCCGCGUGCUUUGAUGCAAACUUUGUGUCAAGCCCCACCCUUUGAAACAAAAGAUCUGCACUUGUGCCUUUUUUCACAGGUUUUGGUCUGCUUUUCAGUUUUGAGCUUGCUUGGUUAGAUUCUUUUGUUUUCUCAGAGAACAACAACAACACAUGAGAUGAGAUUCUUCUCGUAUUGAAAACGUGGACCCUUUUCUUCUCUUUUUCUUCUUUCUAAUGGGAUGGUGAGGGAAAGGAGAGUUUUUUUUUUUGGUGGGGAUGUUGCAACUUGUUGUGAAUUGAAGACGUAGAAACACAGGUUCCUCUUUGUGGUUUUAAGUUGAAGGCGUAGAGAGUGGUGAAGACAUAGGAAUAGGAUAUGAUGGCUUCCGUGGAAGAAAAGAUUAAAACUGGAGGAGGAAUGAUUGUUGGUGGUCAAACUCUUGCUGCUGAGAUGAAACUGUUGAAAGAAAUGCAGGAACAUUCUGGGGUCAGAAAGACUUUGAAUUCAGAGUUAUGGCAUGCUUGUGCAGGCCCUCUUGUGUCAUUACCCCAGGUUGGGAGCCUUGUGUUUUACUUCCCUCAGGGACAUAGUGAGCAGGUGGCAGCUUCUACUAGAAGAACAGCAACAUCACAGAUUCCAAACUACCCCAAUCUUCCAUAUCAGUUGCUGUGUCAAGUUCAAAAUGUCACACUUCAUGCAGACAAGGAGACAGAUGAAAUCUAUGCUCAAAUGACUUUGCAACCACUGAAUUCUGAAAGAGAAGUCUUUCCCAUAUCCGACUUUGGGCACAAGCACAGUAAACAUCCCAGUGAGUUCUUCUGCAAAACUUUGACUGCUAGUGACACGAGCACGCACGGUGGCUUUUCGGUUCCACGCAGAGCUGCAGAGAAACUCUUUCCUCCAUUGGACUACACAAUUCAACCCCCGACUCAAGAGCUUGUUGUUCGAGAUUUGCAUGAUAAUACCUGGACAUUUAGACAUAUAUACAGAGGUCAACCAAAGAGACACCUUCUCACAACAGGAUGGAGUUUGUUUGUAGGCUCAAAAAGGCUUAGAGCUGGUGAUUCUGUUCUUUUCAUCAGGGAUGAGAGAUCACAAUUGCGAGUUGGCGUUAGGCGUGUCAAUCGUCAGCAGACAACACUGCCAUCAUCAGUACUUUCUGCUGAUAGCAUGCACAUUGGUGUGCUUGCUGCUGCAGCUCAUGCUGCUGCAAAUCGAAGUCCAUUCACUAUUUUCUACAAUCCAAGAGCAUGCCCCUCAGAAUUUGUUAUUCCUCUGGCCAAAUACAGAAAAUCUGUAUUUGGGACUCAGGUCUCAGUUGGCAUGAGAUUUGGCAUGAUGUUUGAGACAGAAGAAUCGGGUAAGCGCAGAUAUAUGGGUACAAUAGUUGGUAUCAGUGAUGUGGAUCCUUUAAGGUGGCCUGGUUCUAAAUGGCGAAAUAUUCAGGUGGAGUGGGAUGAGCCAGGGUGUGGUGAUAAGCAGAACAGAGUUAGUGUGUGGGAGAUUGAGACUCCUGAAAGCCUUUUUAUCUUUCCUUCUUUGACUUCAGGUCUAAAACGGCCAUUACCAUCUGGUCUUUUGGAAAAUGAGUGGGGAACUUUGUUAAGAAGACCCUUUAUAAGAGUUCCAGAAAAUGGAACCAUGGAGCUCUCAAACUCAAUUCCAAAUCUCUACUCAGAACACAUGAUGAGAAUGCUUUUGAAACCCCAGCUGAUUAACAAUAAUGGAGCUUUUUUAUCUGCCAUGCAACAAGAAUCUGCUGCUACAAGAGGCCCCUUGCAAGAGAUGAAGACCACACUUGCAGCAGAAAACCAAAUGCCACUUAAAAAUCUACAUCCUCAUUCUAUCCCUGACCAACCUAAUGCCUUAAACAUGCAAUCACUGUUGAAAAACGACCAACCUGAAAAAUUGCACCCUCUUGGCAAAAUUGAUAAUCAUCUGUCUUCUGGGAUAGUUAUUGACAAGCCAAAAUCAGAAUCUGAGGUAUUACCUGAUCAUGUGAUUGACUACCCUUCCAUGGAAGGGUGCAACAUCGAAAAGGUGGCAGCAAAUCCUGUUAACCAGCAAGGUCUAGCAAACCAAUUGCCAUUCCAUAAUCAAAACCAGAGUCCACUACUCCCUCAAUCUAGUCCAUGGCCUAUGCCACCUCAGAUAGAAUCGUCCAUGCCCCAUCCUCAAAUGAUUGAUAUGGUUCAAGCUGAUUCUGCUAUGGUAAAUGGCCUGUUUCCUCAGCUUGACAUCAAUGAAUGGAUGUCAUAUGCUUCUUCCCAACCUUUUGCUGGGCAGAACAGACCAACUGGACCUUUGUCUGACUUGCAAGAACAUACCUCACUUCAGCCUCAAGUAGUGAAUCCCCCUUUACCUUCAAUGAACAAUGAAGUGUGGGAUCAUUAUGUCAAGAACUUGAAGUUCUUAUCUCAAGCAGACCAGCUAACAUCCAUUUGUCAGCCGGGGCUGUAUGGCCUCAAUGGCAUACCAAGCUCAAACAAUUUGAGGGAUCUUUCAGCUGAGAGCAACAACCAAAGUGAGAUUUGUGUCAAUGUUGAUGCUAGCAACAGCGUAGGCACCACUGUGGUUGAUCCUUCUACUUCAAGCACCAUUUUGGAUGAGUUUUGCACAAUGAAGGACAGAGAAUUUCAAAAUCCUCAAGAUUGCAUGGUGGGCAACUUGAGUUCAAGCCAGGAUGUCCAGUCUCAGAUAACUUCAGCAAGUCUAACUGAAUCACAUGCCUUUCCUCUUAGAGACAUCCCUGACAACUCAGGUGGCACUUCUUCAAGCCAUGUUGAUUUUGAUGAAAGCAGCUUCCUGCAGAAUAACUCGUGGCAGCAAGUACCUGCGCCCAUCCGAACUUACACAAAGGUGCAAAAGGCAGGUUCUGUAGGAAGAUCAAUUGAUGUGACUACUUUCAAGAACUACGAGGAGUUGAUCCGUGCAAUUGAAUGCAUGUUUGGACUCGAUGGUCUGCUGAAUGACACUAAAUGUUCAGGAUGGAAAUUGGUCUAUGUAGAUUAUGAGAGUGAUGUUCUACUUGUUGGUGAUGAUCCUUGGGAAGAAUUUGUGGGCUGUGUCCGCUGCAUAAGAAUUUUAUCACCUUCAGAAGUUCAGCAGAUGAGUGAAGAGGGGAUGAAGCUUCUAAACAGUGGGGCUUUGCAAGGGAUGAAUGUUUGAAUAUUAGGCGGUGGCUGCAUACAAUGUCUCACUAAGCCUUGCUUUGCGAUGUUCUUGUAUAAGGUUAACCUCAAAUGGCUUUAUCGUCCAAUGUUUGAAAAGCAAAGGCAUAUGUUGUGGAAGAAGUCAGGAUUAUUGACUUGGGUGUCAUGUGAUGUAUUAUUAUUAACUAAAGGACACUCGUUAUUUGAAACAUUUCUUAAGGUAUGGAGCAAACCUUGGAGAUGGAAGAGUUUAAGUUUUAUUAUCACUUAUCAAAAGUUCUAAGAUGAUGUUCCAAUGAGUCAAGGGUGUUGCAUACCUUAUGUUGUAAGACAUUCUUGCUGGCAAGAGGAAAUAUUAUGAUUUAUUAUUAAUACGCAUUGGGGGCUUUCCAAAUAA